GACUUAUGUGUGCUGUCGGCGCCACAAGGCACACCAGAGGCCUGAGUCAUCAAUGUUGAUCAUCAUGUACGCAACCACCGCCGCCACCAGGAUAGCCGCUAUCACUGUGCCUCGGCUCAGAAGCGCACUCGGGCUGAGGUCUGAGAUUCGUACGGCUAGCUUCUGUCAUGAUGGCGUGUCCAGGCCAGGCGGGCCGAACCGUGCAGGUGCUGCGUCCCCCUCCCACACCGAUUCCGCCAUCAUCAAGUAAAGAGGCAUGCGGCCGAGAGAGGAUGGAGUGCGCCCUAGCAGUCGCUUUUACUGCAGCGGUGCACCGAGGAUCGCGGCGAAGAGUUUGCCCUGCCACCGGUCUGAUGGCAAAGAAGCCCAAAAUCCAGAAUGAGUGGUACAAAGGAGCCAAAUCUUAUGGAACAGUGGGCGAUGAUGAAUUCGAAGAGGCAGAGAGGAUCCGUAAUGGGUUCCAGCAAACUGUGUCGUCGGCGUUCGUAAGCGCAACCAACUUGGCAGCUGCACGCAGACGAUUACAAAAGCGGCGAUUGUUGAAGGGGCGCGGCUGGGAGGAUACGGCCACAUCUUCAGGAGCAAGCGCCUCUCUUGACUCUGAGGACAACGAGGGCGAGACGGACGGUGAAUCAGAUUCUGACGGCGCUGAAGAUUGUGAGGGCACUUCAGGCGGUGACUCCUCGACCGGAGCGGGAAACGCGAGGGAGCGGAACAAGAUUGCCGGAGUCAGUGGGGUUGCCAGCUCUGCCGGCAGCCGGGCUGGCGACGCUCCGAGCAGCGAUGCUCUGUUCGUUGGCUCGGCAUCCACAGCCGUAGCCUCAUCCCCGAAUUGGCCCGGCGCGUCGGUCCGCCGUGUCGGAGCGGGACCCGGCGGUGGACCUCUCCGUCGCGGAGCGCCUGGCCGCGGAGACUCCGCUGCGGCACGAGGCGCGGGCGCGCGGCUGCUGUCGGGGGCCGCAUCUGCGCUCAGCGCCGCGGGGAGACACCCGCAGGCAGACGGGGCUCCACAGCGGCGGUCCUGGGAGGCUGGGGUGCUCUUCGAGGCCGCGGGCCUGCGGCUGGGCCUGGAGCUGCGCCGCGCGGGGGAGCUGGCAAGGGCCUGGGAGGCGCUGCUGGGGCUCUGCUCCGAGCCCGCGCUGCGGGAGCCCAAGAAGGCCGUGGAGGCCCUGGCCGACGUGUCGCUGGCCCUCUCGCGGCGGCUGCUCGGCAGCCCGCGGCGGCAGGUGGAGGUCCUCCAGGGCGCCGCCGACGCGCAGACGACGCUGAAGGCGCUGCCGGUGGACAGGCGCGAUGAGCUGAGCCUGAACUUGGCCCUGGCGAUGCAGUCCGCUGGCAUGGCGGACGAGUCCAGGGCGCUCCUGAAGGCGGUCCGGGAGGGCGGUGGCUCGGAGGCCCGGCGCCAGCAGGCUGCGUGGGCGCUGGAGGUCGCCGACGCGGACAUCGGAGACGGGCCCAUCGAGUCGGCCGUCCAGAUGCGGGCACUCUGGGACGAGGCUGGGGCGCCAGGCAGCGCCGAGGGCCUCGGCGGCCUGGGCGCAGCCGGCGCAGGUGCGAGGGCCGCGUCUCGCCGGCGAGCCGGCGGCGGCCCGGGCUUCGGGGGCAUUCCGGGGCUCCGGCCCCUCCUGCGAAGCCUCCAGGUGCUGGCUCCGCUGAGCGUGCCGCUGGGCGCCUGGCUCCGGGCGCAGUGACGCGGGCAGCCCGGCAGCUUGCGGGUGCCGGAGGCGAGCAGAGAAGCCCCUGCUCCUUCCCACCCCUCUUCCACCUCCCUCCCCCCCCUCCUCUCCCCCUC